GGAGCGAGAUAGUGGGGCGCCUCUGUCGCACCCGCAGUGCCCCUACCGAGUGCGACGCGAGAGCACGUUGUAGCGUAACUCUACGCGCUGGCUUCGUCAACGCGCCCGCUGUAAACACACUUCUGUUACACUCUCUACAAACCGGUUGCUACCUUUGUGAUCUCGAGUGCUGCAUCUGUGAUUUUUCGUGAGCGUUGUGGUUUAUCUGACUGUAAGUCAGCCUGAUUUAUUAGUGUUGUGCAAAUUAACGCAGUGCUGGAAUAUUAUUACUUUAAAAAUGCGAUGAUCUGUGAUUACAAAAAGGACCAACAUUGGAUUACAAAACUUGGAAUAUAAAAAAUUGGGUACCAGAAGAACGGAAAGAUGGCGCGUAUAGAGAGGAGAUAUUAAGUAAAAAUGGCCGUCGCGCGCGCGGUCCUUGUCCUCCUAGCAUCCACGGCUCAAGCCUGGAUGCCGGAUGCCAACGCACGCAUACAUAUCAAAUAUGGUGAUGAAACUUCAGAGCAGUUCGUAGGCAACGCGACAGCACCGGACCAUUUCCGCAUAUUAGACAAAGAUGACUUCUCAAUUAUAGUCGGCGGCAGGAACACAGUGUACAACCUAAGCCUUUACGACCUAUCAGAAAAUGUGGAACAGCGUUUGGAGUGGCAAUCGACAGACGCACACAGAGAAUUAUGCCAAUUAAAGGGCAAAUCUGCCGAUGAAUGCCAGAAUUAUCCACGAGUAGCGGCUCGUUCACACGGCCGCCUCCUAGUCUGCGGCACCAACGCAUUCAAACCAUUAUGCCGACGAUACGCGAGGAACCCACCGAACCAUCAUCUAGAAGAGAUCGAUGGAUCAGGCCGUUGUCCUUACGAUCCACAACAUAAUUCUACUGCAAUUUUUGUUGAUGGUCAAUUAUAUACCGCUACAGCAGCCGACUUCUCUGGAACCGAUCCUCUGAUCUAUCGCGAACCUGUACGAACUGAGCGCUCCGACCUUCGUUUGCUCAACGAUCCUUCAUUUGUGGGGGCUGUGGCUUCUACUAGUCAUGUCUAUUUCUUCUAUCGUGAAACUGCUGUGGAAUUUAUGAACUGUGGAAAGGCGGUAUAUUCAAGAGUAGCAAGAAUUUGCUUAAACGAUAAAGGAGGACCUCAUACUUUCAGCGACCGCUGGACAUCGUUCCUAAAAACUCGACUUAACUGUUCCAUGCCUGGAGAAUAUCCCUUCUAUUUCGAUGAAAUACAGGCUACUACAGAAUUAAUAAAUGGAAUAUAUGGUAAAAGCAGCAGCAAAAAUGAUAUCAUAUACGCAGUUUUCACAACACCACAAAAUGCUAUUGGAGGUUCAGCUGUUUGUGCUUUUGCAAUGAGAGAUAUCAUUGACGCGUUUGAAGGACCAUUCAAAGGCCAAGAAAGUAUGAACUCCAACUGGCUACCUUUAGAAAAAGAAAAACUACCAGAGAACAGACCUGGAUCAUGUGUUGAAGACAGCAGAACGCUUUCUGACUCAGCUGUAAAUUUCAUUAAAACACACCCACUUAUGGAUAAAGCUGUCCCAUCAUUCUUAGCUCGGCCAGUUCUCAUUAGAGUUAGUCUACAAUACAGAUUUUCAGCUAUUGCAGUUCAUCCCCAAGUUCAAGCGAUGAACGGAAACAAGUACGACGUCAUGUACAUUGGUACCGACGACGGAAGAGUUAUCAAAGCUGUCAAUGUAGCAGCUAACGAGGGCGACUUUGAUGCCAGUGUAGACGAAUACAGUAGGAACCCCGUAAGAACCGCUGUGAUUUCUGAAGUCCAAGUAUUACCUCAAGGCGUGCCUAUCAAACAAAUGCACGUCGCCUUAACCACAGAAAAAUUAAUAGUUGCCUCCGGCGAUAUUAUUAGGGCAGUGACAUUAUCUCACUGCGGAAACGUACAAUCAUGCAGGGAGUGCGUUGCGUUACAGGAUCCCCACUGUGCGUGGGAUUCCAAGCAGCAAGUUUGUUCUUGGGUUGGAAACCGGCAAUUUCCUAACCCCGAGAGGUUUCUACAAAAUGUAGAAUAUGGAAAGACUGAUAUAUGUAAUAAGUUGCCAGCCCUCUUGCCGGGUGAUAGACAUAGCAAUAGAAAUCCGGGCACUAAGAAGCCCACGCAAUCAGAAUCUGAUAUGCGACAAAAAACUGAUGACAUCCAAAACGAAAUACUAAUAGAAGUUGUGGAGACAAACGUGUUAUCCGAAGAUAAAACUACUAAUAACAACAAACAUGAGACAGACUUGCUGACUGUGGAGGCCGCUGACGGUAACAUUUACAGCGCACAAGCUUUGCUAACUGCCGUCGUAGCGUCCUGUCUCGUUACGCUAAUGGUCGGAUUCGUUAUUGGGUAUCUUUUCUCACGGCGAUUUCGACACCCGUUUUUUACCGAUACCUCACCCUUCAAUGAACAACACAAUCAUUUGAACAGAUUGAGCCCGUUAGAAACACCGUUAAAUGCCAACACUGCGUAUAUGCCACGAUCUAAAAACGUGAACAUGGUGGCGAACGUAUGUCCGAAACAGGACAACCUACACAUGGAGCUGGGCAAAGAGCGCACACUUGACCUGCGGAACUCCACCGAAUCCUUAGACAAGGAUCUAAAGUGCGGCACCUUACAAAAGGUUAAAAAGACUUACAUUUGAAAAUUACCUAAACAGACUGUGUAUGGAUCCAUUGCGAAGUGACUGAGACGACAGUGUCGUGUCGCGUGUGCCAAGUCUUCCGAAAACGUUCGGCUAAGACAGUGUUUUAAUGUGAUUGACUCAGUGUUUACUAUGAUUUGUGUACAUAACAUGUCUCGUCUCCUUCCUGUGUACAGUCUAGGUACUGGUUAUUCCUUAAAUAUAAUGUUGUUAUUUACUCGAGUAUAGUGAAUAUUGCAUUUAAAAGUUGACAAGUAUCAGAAGGACUGUAAACAUUUAGGAACUAUAUGUUUUUAAAUCUAUUGUCACUGACCGUGUAAUUGUUGUUUCUAGAUGAAAUCAUUAAAUGAUGUUGAACAUAAAAUGGUAAGAAAUCGUUGCGUAUAUCAUAAAAGUUAAAGGACAACAAUAAAUCAGACUGAUAUGACUCAUUUAUUAUACACCGAUUGUAAAUAUUCGGCUCUAGUGUUAGUUAGGAACAGUUUUUGUCACAUUCCAUAAUCCUAAAUAUGUAGGAGAUAAUAUCAAGGUGCAGCUAUAAUUGUAAAUAUAAUUCAAUGUAUAUAUAUAGUGUUGUAUUGUUACUAGUAUGAAAAGCCCAAAAGGCUUGUCGAUAUUGUGGCUUGACAUGGUCAGCUCAUGAAUUUAGCUAAAUGACAUCGAUAUUCAAAUAUGAAUAAAGAUAAUAUCAAUGAAUUUAGUAAUAUGUAUUUUAAUUUCGUUAGGCACGUUCAUUUGCAGUAUAAGUAAUACGUGAAAUAAAACACACACAUUAUGUUUAUAUAAUAUCGCCAGUUUGUUAAUUACUUGCAUAGUUGUUUUACAACUUACUUUGUAUAAAUGUUUAAAAAAAACGCAGUAUAGUUAUUAUGAGCUAUAGUAAAAUAAUAGAGUUAUAAAUUUUGUUACAACAUAAUAUAAUUAUUAUUAUAGCAUAUUUGCUGUGCUAAGUGCAUAGUGCCUUGUAGGUUGCCAAUUUAGUGCCUAAUGUUAUGUAGGAUACAUCGGGACAGAGAAAUUUAUUUAUUUGUAUAAAUGUUAUAAUACAGGCUACAUAUUACAUUCUCAAUAUCUACAUACUAAUGUUAAACCAAAUAAGCUUGAUUAGCUAAUAUGUAUUUCUAUGCAAACCUGUAUUCAUACAACAGACUUAAUUUAAUAAUGGCAUCUUUUAACAUAUUUAUAAAUAUGACUUCAGUAUUGAUGUGGAUUUAAAUUCUUAUUAGGCUGAAAUAACCACCAGAAAUCUAAAAAUGAGCUAGUAUUCCCACCGUAAAACAAUCAAAGUCUCUUAUGUUAAGCAAAAUAUAAAAUAAACUAUCUAUUUGUGUACAUAAAAAGUAAAUAAGCAGUAGAGGUAUAAAUAUAAUAAGUGAUUUAUCUAUGUACGUAUAAAUAAAGUGAGUAUCACAAAAUGUUUCCUUUCAAAUUGAUUUAGUGUGUAAAAAUAAAUAAUAAAACAUUUUGAAUCAUUUAUAUUACAAUACUGAUGUUGUUAUGUAAUGUAAUGUAAUGUCAUCAAACAUACAUACUGUCAUUAGUACUCACUACUCACUCAAAAAUAUGUUUUAUUUAUAUUUUUUAUAUCAUAAUGCUGGCAAUUAUAUAAAUUUCAGUACUAGAAGAGAAAAUAUAAGUAUUAAAACAUUAAAAACUUGGUUUUAUUGGAUAAUAAUUCUCAUUUCAUCACAAUAUACAAAAGCUUAUAAAACUUACAUGACCUUACCAACUAAACAGACAAUUGGUUUUAAAUAAAUUAAAAUAACAAGUGUACUAUUUUAUUUUAAAGUUUGUUUUCAUCAGUCCCAACCAUUUUAUUCAAUAGGAGGAAGGAGGCCUAUAUCAUCACACAUUGGAUGCAAUUCCUGACUAAAUAUUAUUACUGAAAAUUUCAAAAAUUGAUCUUUUGGUCAAAAAUUCACACAGAAAUCUUAAUAAGAGUAAACCUGAUAUAUUUUUAAAAAAUACCACAUAUAAAUAAAUUAUCCUACUUCUUCAGUGUCAAUAUAAUUAAUAUAGUUACAUAAAAAUUGUCUUUUCUCUAAAGCAGUUUGUACAAUACUUGUGUUGAUGGAGACACCAUCAUCACAAGCCACUGUUUCCUCUUUAACUUCUGAAGAGCCCUCAUGUAUCAAUAUGAAAUUAUGAAGUAUACAUGCAACAGAUAUAAGUAGUUGGACUGAUUCCACCUUCACAAUAUCAAUAUGAUUUAACUUCCUAAACCUCUCCUUCAUUAAUUCAAAUGCAUGACCAAUAUAGCUACGAGUUUUCCAAUGAAUCUCAUUAAACUUCAUCUCUUCACUUGUCAAUAAUUCCUCACUUGUAAAGGGAGUGAUUAGAUUUUUCUUUAAUUUAUACUCAGAGUCACCUAAAAUAUGAUUCUCAAACUCAAUGAAAUUUUUCAACUCAUGCGAAAGAGUACUCUCUUUGAAAACUCUAUUUUUCCUAGUUUUGCCUAUUUCACCAAUAUGAAUGUCUAAAAACAUUAAAGAUUCAUCACAGACAGCUUGUAAAAGAAUUAUUUCCGGCUUGUCCUUUUUAUUUCUUUUAGAUCCAACUUUAAAACGGCAGGCAUCUAUGAAGCCUACACAGUUAGGAAACUUGAACCUACUAUUUACCUUGAUCCUGGUUAUAUGCUGUUCCUCUACAGAAGGCCAACUAAUGAAACUAUAUCUAUGCUCAUUAAGUAUAGUAGCUAUCUCAUUAAAUAUAUAGCUGACAGAUGAUUUAUGCAGACCAAACAAUUUUCCGAUUUCAUUAUAAGAACAAUCACUCACCAUUAACCACAGAAAUACAUGAACUUUUUUUUCUAGAGAGAUGUUACCAGGAUUCACGUAUUUCUUCAAGAAGUUUAUGAGCGCCUGAAAAGUAUGUUUCUUAAUUUUGAACCAAGCUGAGUAAUCUGCAUCAGUAAAAUUACGGACAGAAUUUUCGUAAAAUCCUUUUAAACGUCGUGUAACAGGUACAACACCGGGACUUUUAGUUUCUUCAGUGAAUGAUGUGAGAUCAAAUUCUUUUUCAACAGCAGUACCAAACAUAUUUAAAUUAUCAUUGUUUUCACUAAUAACAUUGGCUGUAGCCACAAUUAAUCUGUUCAUAGUACAGGCAUGGUCACUGUCCAAAAACAUGUCCAUUAUAAACUCUUUCUGAAAAUUAUUCAUUCUUAUCGACAACUUCUGUUAUUUGAUCGCUGAAAUAAAAUAUAAGAAGUUCCCUUUGUUUAUACCCAGACCCAGUUUGUUAUGUUUACCGUUUCUACUUUUUUAGACAGUAC